CCGAAACAUCUCGGGGUGCGGUCUUGCGUUAUCCCACGGGCCAUGAAUCCGUCAUCGCUAGCUACCAGAGGGAAUACCGCGUAUACGGUGCGACGACUGCCACGGCUUUUAUAGUUUCCACACAGUUUGAUACAACCAAAUAGCUUUUGAGCUUUUCACAGAAUCUGCAAUCUCUAUAACAUCAUCUAUAAUAAAAGAUAUUUAUCCUUCGAUUCCAUUAUAAAGUAUAAAACUAACGUCGUUAACUUCUUCAAUCUUCUCAGUUGAGCAUUGAUAUGUUACAUAAAUUGAAAAGUAUCAAGUUGUAAUAGGUGAGUUAACAGGAUAGGUUGAGAUCCAUGAUAGUCAAAUUCGUCAUAGAUGUACAUUGUACAUAUAAGUUAACUGAAGCUGAAAAAGUACAAACGCAUUAUGACAAAGUAAAGCUAGUCCUUUACUAACUUCUAGUACUUUUUAAAGAAUAUUGACUUUGUCGAUAGAGAAUGAUAAAAAAUAGUCUUUUAGAGUUUGUCGCAUUUGUGAAAACAAAAAGAAAAUUUGUUAUUUCUAGAAAUAGGGAGAAGCUUCCGUUUCGGUGCAAAGCUCUCAAAAGAAGAGAAACGCAGAGAUCUAGAGUUGUACGACGGUGGCGUAUACGACGAGCAGAAGUUCAUAUCCUGCGGUACCAGCCGCACGAAUAUGGCCGCAAUGACAGAUUUACAGAUUCCAGCCAUUGGGUUGGUCGCUUCUUCGGGAUUCUUAAAGCGUUGUCUUCUGAUCCUAGAAAUAAAAUUUAUUGGAAAUAUAUCUGGUUAAGAGGAAGACAGGAAGAAGGACGGACAUGUCUGUUAGUGCCACGAAAACUGUCCAAGCAAGCGAAGUAUCUGAAGACAGACACUGACCGUGAACCGCAAGACCUAAAAGAAGUUUACCUUAUGUCGUAA